UUAAUAAGGAAGAAGAAGAAAUAGGAGAAGAAGCCUUAUGGUACUCAACAUAAAUUGGCAGAAUUAAGGAAGUUUUUAGUUCCCCUGCUAAUUCAGAGAUAUAUAGAAAGCUGCAUUUUUCAACCACCUUUGGCAAUUUGCUUCUCGUAGUUAACCAAGUGACUUUUAUGGGAGCGUAUUCACUGACCACUGGAUGAUUUACACAGCAAACUGUAGCAGCUGCCUGAACCUUGAUGGAAACUAAUCAAACACAAUCUAUUGAGUUAGAAUAUGUUGUGUCAUGUUCAAGCAGCAAACAAUCCGACAAGCCACUUCUGGUAAGAGGGCCAAACUGUUAGACCCCACCAUUAAAAAGAAAAAAACUAACGAGACAUCCAACUCUUAUUUGAAGUCAGGAUCAUCCUACCACUGUGACAUGUACAUCGAUUUAUUUUGUUUCUUUAGAGGGACUUAUCAGCAGUUUUGUGCUGCAAAGUAUGUCAGAAGCCAUGAUGACUCACAUAUGGAGCACCAACAGAAAUCUUCCACGAGGUUGCUGUUAUAGUGAGGCCAUCAUAAUUCCCAAAUUAUGCAACCGAAGGUCCGCACAAUAUCAAUUUCAGCUUUUACCAAGAAGCCAAAGACACAGGAAGCAGAAGAAGGGUCCUCCGUGGUCUUUGAAGCAGAAACCGAGAAGUCUGACGUUAAAGUUAGAUGGCAGUGCAACACAAAGGACCUUGCCAGCAGCAAAAAAUACGAGAUCGCAGCCAAUGGAAACAAGCAUUCCCUCACGAUAAAAGCCGUUACCCAGGAAGAUGUCAAUACCUAUGCUGUGAUUGCAGGAAGUUCAAAGAUCAAGUUUGAUCUGAAAGUACCAUCAAAGAAAGAAACUCCAGCUGAGGCUCCUGUUACUCCAUCGGAAGAGUCGAGUGUAACACAAAAGCAGCAGAACGCUACACCUGCGGCCGCACCAACAGAAGAUGAGGCCACUGCCCCAACACAUGAUGCCCCUCCAUCAGAGGAUGGACAGCCUCCAGACACCAGACAGGACCUCACUGGCCUCUUCACAGAGAAACCCAAAAGUGGAGAGGUCACUGUCGGUGGACACAUCACAUUUGUGGCUAAAGUCAAUGCUGAAUCGCUGCUGAAGAAACCAACCAUCAAAUGGUUUAAAGGGAAGUGGAUGGACCUGGCCAGUAAAUCUGGAAAACACCUGCAGCUGAAGGAGUUCUAUGACCGUAACACCAAAGUUUACACAUUUGAGAUGCACAUCAUGGAAGCCAAGGCUAACUUUGCAGGAGCUUACAGAUGUGAAGUUUUGUCCAGAGACAAGUUUGACAGUUGUAAUUUUCAACUCACUGUACAUGAGGCUUGUACUACCGAAGGUUUUGACAUAAGAGCAGCUUUUCGACGCACGAGUGACGCCGCAAUGAAGAGAAGUGGAACAUCAACAAGUAGCACUGAAGGAAAAGAAGACUCGGGAGAACUGGACUUCAGCACAUUGUUAAAGAAGAGCAGUUUCUUAAAAAAUCGAGCCGUGCAGAUGAGCACAGAGCCUGAUGUGGAUAUUUGGGAUAUUCUCAGCCAUGCUCCUGCCUCAGAAUAUGAAAAGAUUGCUUUUCAGCAUGGCAUCACUGAUUUGAGGGGCAUGCUCAAAAGACUAAAGAAGAUGAAGAAGGAGGAGAAAAAAAGUGCAGCUUUCCUGAAGAAGCUAGAUCCCGCCUACCAAGUGACAAAGGGACAUAAAAUAAAAUUAGCAAUUGAGGUAGCUAAUCCAGAUGUUGAUGUCAAAUGGCUGAAGAAUGGACAAGAAAUACAUCUAACUGGAAGCAAGUACAUUUUUGAGAGUGUGGGAAACAUGCGCUACCUCACCAUCAACCACUGCUCAUUGGCUGACGAUGCGGCCUACUGCUGUGUAGUGGGAGAGGAGAAAUGCACCACAGAGCUUUUUGUUAAAGAGCCUCCUGUUGUGAUUGCGAAGAACCUAGAGGAUCAGAUGGUCAUGAAGGGUGAACGAGUGGAGUUACAGUGUGAGGUCUCGGAGGAGGGCGCAAAUGUGAAAUGGGAGAAGGACGGUGUGGAACUAACUCGAGAUGAAUCAUUCAAGUAUCGCUUCAAGAAAGAUGGCUGCAAGCAUAUUCUGAUCAUAAAUGAGGCCACAAAAGAAGACUGCGGCCAUUACAAGGUCAAAACUAAUGGCGGCGAGUCUGUGGCUGAGCUCAUGGUGCAGGAGAAAGAGCUGGAGGUCUACCAGAGCAUCGCUGACCUCACAGUGAAGGCGAAGGAUCAGGCGGUAUUCAAGUGUGAGGUGUCGGAUGAGAACGUGAGGGGAACUUGGUACAAGAAUGGAGUGGAAGUCAAGCCAGAUGCCAGAGUAAACAUCACACAUAUUGGCAGGAUUCACAAAUUGACAAUUGACAAUGUCAAACCUGAGGAUGAGGCAGACUACACAUUUGAACCAGAUGGCUACGCUUUCAACCUCUCAGCAAAACUCAAUUUCAUGGAGGUGAAGAUUGACUUUGUGCCCCGUCAAGACCCUCCUAAGAUCCACCUGGACUGUAGAGGCCACACAGCUGAGUCUACCAUCGUAGUGGUGACUGGCAAUAAACUUCGCCUGGAUGUCCCUAUCACUGGAGACCCUGCUCCCACUGUUGUUUGGACCAAAGGAGGGAAGGUCAUCACUGAGGGAGAUGGCCGAGUCCAUGUGGAAACCACCAAAGGCCAUUGUAUUUUCACUAUUGAAGGGGCUGAGAGACAGGAUGAAGGAAUCUAUUCAGUUGUGGUUCGUAACCCUGCUGGGGAAGAUACUGCAGAUAUCAAUGUGAAGGUUGUUGAUGUUCCAGAUCCUCCUCAAGCUCCCAAAAUUCUCAGCGUGGGAGAAGACUCCUGUGUUGUCCAGUGGGAUCCUCCUCUCUUUGAUGGAGGACAGCCGGUUAUUGGAUACGUAUUGGAGCGAAAGAAAAAGAAGAGCUAUCGGUGGAUGAGAUUGAACUUUGACCCAUACACUGAAACAACCUACGAGGCAAAAAGGAUGAUUGAAGGAGUGGAAUAUGAAAUGCGAGUCUACGCUGUCAAUGGCAUUGGCAUGUCUCGUCACAGUCCGGCCUCACAACCUUUUGUACCUGUUGCCCCGACAAGUGAGCCCAUUGGACUGUGCGUGGACGACAUUAGUGACACCUCCAUCACACUCAAGUGGCGAGCGCCUGAAAGGAUCGGCUCAGCUGACCUGGAGGGCUAUGGGGUCGAGUACUGCAAGGAGGGCACAGAUGAGUGGAUACCAGCCAUUCAGGGUUUGACCGAGAGGACCUCACUGACAAUCAGAGAGCUUACUACGGGAGACAAGCUGCAGUUUCGUGUGAGGGCGUACAACAUGGCCGGCCCAAGUGCAGCCGCCAUCCUAGCUCAACCCGUUACCAUCAGAGAGAUCAUGCAACGGCCUAAAAUUUGGCUUCCUCGAAAUCUCCGUCAGACUCUGAUCAAGAAAGUUGGAGACACUGUCAACCUUGUGAUUCCAUUUCAGGGUAAACCCAGGCCUAAGGUUACAUGGAGUAAAGAUGGGCAGCCGCUAAACUCUGCACACGUCAGCAUAAGAAAUAGUGACACCGACACGAUCCUAUUCAUCCGCAAGUCUGAAAGGAAUCAUUCGGGGCAGUAUGAUCUCCACGUGCAGAUAGAGAACGUGGAAGACAAGGCCAAAGUCAUGCUGCAAAUAGUUGAUGUCCCAGGACCUCCUGAGGCCCUGAAGGUUUUGGAUGUCUGGGGCUUCAAUGUCGCCCUCGACUGGAAGCCCCCUAGAGACGAUGGAAACUGCGAAAUAGCUGGUUACUGCAUUCAGAAAGCUGACAAAAAGACCAUGGAGUGGUUCACAGUUUUCGAUCAGUACCGCAGAACCAGCUGUGUUGUUUCCGAACUCAUCAUGGGUAAUGAAUAUGUCUUUCGAGUCUUUGCCAUCAACAUGGUGGGUCAUAGCCCAGAUGCCUGCAACACAAAAGACAGCAUCUACAUCCAGAAAACCGGGAUGGAGUGGAAGCCUGCCACCUACAAGGAUCUUGACUUCUCACAGGCUCCUAAGUUCACGCACCCAUUAGUGAACCGUUCGGUCAUAGCAGGGUACAAUGCCACUCUUAGCUGCUCCGUCAGCGGCAUCCCCAAGCCAAAAGUGACCUGGUACAAAAACAAGAUGGACAUCACAAAUGAAGCCAAAUACAGGAUGCUCAGUAAGCACGGAGUGCUGACCUUGGAAAUUCGAAAGCCUUGUCCAUUCGAUGGAGGGGCGUAUAUGUGCAAAGCAGUCAAUGCUAGCGGGGAAGACAUUGUGGAGUGUAAGCUGGAGGUUCGCCCUCAAAUUGCAAAAGAAGAAAAGAAGUAAGCUGGCACAGUUCAUUGUUUGCCAAACUACUCUCACUGAGUGGUCACCUUUUUUUGGACAUGUGAAGCUUUCCACCUUGGUUGCAAUUUCCUUUGCAAUCAACUCACACCCAUGUGGUAUAUCCCAAAGAUGUACAGUACAUGUCAAACUAUAUAACAAUAAAAGUAUUUUUUGUCUGUCAAUCACACAUUUCCCCCUUGCACGUUACUGAGCUGUCUUGUUGCUAUUUGUCGUGAUUUAUAGAAAGUGCAAGAAGUGUGCUGUUAAUUUUCAGACAUGCACAGGAAGGGAUAUUUGAGUUGCUGUUGGCUCAGGUUUUAUUGCAGCAUAGCUUCGCUAAAGCCAAAAGGUGUGAGGCAUGUGUCUCAUGUGUACACCAAUGGGACAUAGUAUGUGUGUGUGUCUAAAAUAGCUGACAUGUCUUUUUAACCGCAGAGCACAUGUGUGAGAGAAAGUGUAAACACAUGGUGGUUUGUUUCUAACAGAGAGGGGUUGUGCUGUCCUAAUGAGUCUUACGACACAUUUCUUCAUAACUAUUUCCUGCAUUCUUAAAAUUAUGGUGCAAAACAUGACAAAUGGCAACACUGCUUCUCUUUAUAGUCUUGCCUUGCCAAGGACUUCACAACUGAAUGACUGGAUCUGCCUCUUAAAUACAUGUUUAAACUUGAUUUGAUGAGUUCUGCAAGCAGCUGUUAACUUUGAUAGGCUAAACGGAGCUGAUGGUUUUAAAGAAAUAUUUAACUUGAUGACAUAAAUAAAAGCAAGUCAUCUUUUUCUACUGA